UUACAACAGCAACAACAAAAAAAUCUCACCCUAAAUAUUCACAGAUUUCCCAUAAACAAGUUAACCUUCUCCAGAAACAAACAAUAUCUCACAAAUAACAAACAUAUAUUUUUUCGGGAAAACGGCAACAAAUAAAUGUUAAUUUGUUUUUAUGAUUUUUUUGUAUGCUUCUUUGCGAUCCAACAAAACCUUUUUUUGAGGUGGGAAUCUGAUACCCAUGCGGUGUUUGAUUAAAUGCGCAAAAGGGGUUUGACAAAUUUGCUUUUUUCUGUUAUUGGUGUUCAAUCAUUGAUUUGAAUCAAAUUGAAUUGAGUUUGGAGUUUGAAUUGGCGCUUUGAAUUGAGGUUUGUGGUAUGUGAUUUGAAGUGGUUGGAGGGACAGAGUAAGGGGAUGGCUCGAGAUGGCAGCGUUGUCCCUGCGGACCCACAGGCUAUGGUGGUUAUGAAGAAGAAGACACAGACUGCUAGAAGUUGGAUUCUGUUUGAUGCUACGGGCCAAGGGUCCAUACUUGACGUGGACAAGUAUGCUAUCAUGCAUAGGGUUCAGAUUAAUGCACGUGAUCUUAGAAUCCUUGAUCCCUUUCUCUCUUACCCUUCUACCAUUCUCGGUCGUGAGAAGGCUAUUGUUCUUAAUUUGGAGCAUAUCAAGGCUAUAAUCACUGCUGAAGAGGUAUUGCUGCGAGAUCCAACAGAUGAACAUGUGGUCCCUGUUGUUGAGGAACUGCAGAGGCGAUUGCCUAAACAAGGAGAUGAUGGUAAAGAGUAUCUUGGUGGUCAAAAUGAUAACGAAGCUGCUGAAGAAGAUGAGUCACCGUUUGAGUUCCGUGCCCUGGAGGUAGCCUUAGAAGCCAUUUGUAGUUUCCUUGCUGCACGUACAACUGAGUUGGAGAUGGCUGCUUAUCCUGCAUUAGAUGAACUUACUUCCAAGAUUAGUAGUCGUAAUUUGGACAGAGUUCGUAAACUGAAGAGUGCAAUGACAAGGCUGACUGCUCGGGUUCAAAAGGUUAGAGACGAGCUUGAACAAUUGCUGGAUGAUGACGACGAUAUGGCUGACCUAUACCUGUCGAGAAAGGCAGGUUCAGCAUCACCAGUUAGUGGAUCAGGUCACGCAAAUUGGUUUGCUUCCUCCCCAGCUGUAGGAUCAAAGAUAUCCAGAGCAAGUCGCGCAAGUAUUGCAACAAUGCGUUUAGAUGAAAAUGACGUGGAAGAGCUUGAAAUGCUACUUGAGGCUUAUUUCAUGCAAAUUGAUGGUACAUUAAACAAACUGACCACACUGCGAGAGUAUAUUGAUGAUACCGAAGAUUACAUUAAUAUUCAACUUGACAACCAUCGUAAUCAGCUUAUUCAGUUGGAGCUCUUUCUCAGCUCUGGAACCGUUUGUCUAUCUUUCUACUCUCUGGUGACCGCUAUUUUUGGCAUGAACAUCCCAUAUAGUUGGAAUGACGACCAUUCUUACAUGUUCAAAUGGGUAGUUAUUCUCGGAGGAGCAGCUUCUGCUAUUAUGUUUCUCAUGAUUACUCUCUUUGCUCUCAAAAAGGGGUUGGUCGGAACAUGAAGAAUGAAGAUCAAUACGCUUGAAAAGGGGUGUAGAGAAUGAAUACUAGGACUACUACAUAUGGUCUUAUUGGUAAUGACUCAUAUUACAUACCUUAUAGAUAUUGAUGAUGGUUCAAGAUUUUGUCAAUUUUUUUCACGAUUCCAUUAAAGUUAUUAUGGAAACUUAGCUCUAAGAGUCCCAAAGUUAUAUGGAGCUGGUGUUGGCCUAGCAGGUCCGCGCUUUGCAAUUACCUCAACUACUGUCAUUUGGAUUCAAGUCUAAUAAAAAAAAACUGCAAAUUUAGAGCUAAUUUUUAAUUUUGAACAUUUUUAGGCCUUGAAAUGUGAUUAUAUUAAGUUGAAUAUGCUGUUAAUCUUUAUAUGAUCUCUUUUUGCUAAUGUAAUAGUACUAUUUUUCUUCUGUAAACUUCUUGUAAACAUGGAUCACAUAAGCAUUAUAAAUAAAUUUGGUUACCAUUCAGAUCCA